UUCUCAUUACUCAUUUCACAAAUAUAAACCUCUAACAAGACGGCAAAAAACACAUUUCUUGAUUAAUGGCGCCUUCUCUAGCGAUUUCUCCGAGGAAGCUCCGGUCAGACCUUUACUCAUACUCUUACCGAGACGGUUCCAACACACCACUCGUUAUCUCUGUUCUCUCGUCUCUUAUAAAGCGGACGGUAGCUCGGAACGAGAGGAUCAGCCCGAGCUACGGUGGUUUUGGUAAGACAUGUGUCUUCGAUUGCAUGGAAGUUCCUGACAUGACGAUCCAAUCGUAUUUAGAGAGGAUUUUCCGGUAUACCAAAGCCGGUCCAUCGGUUUACGUUGUUGCUUAUGUGUACAUUGACCGGUUCUGUCAAAAUAAUCAAGGUUUUAGAAUCAGUCUCACUAAUGUACAUCGUCUACUUAUUACAACCAUCAUGAUCGCUUCCAAGUACGUCGAAGACAUGAACUACAGAAACUCGUACUUUGCCAAAGUAGGAGGGUUAGAGACAGAAGAUUUGAACAACAUGGAGUUGGAGUUCUUGUUCUUGAUGGGGUUUAAGUUGCAUGUGAAUGUGAGUGUGUUCGAGAGUUACUGUUGUCAUCUUGAGAGAGAAGUAAGUAUCGGGGGAGGUUAUCAGAUCGAGAAGGCAUUACGUUGCGCUGAGGAAAUCAAAUCGAAACAAAUUGUUCAAGAUCCUAAACAUCAUCAUCACCAUCAAUUUUCACGAGUCUUGUUGUAGUCAAGAAGAACUCUGUUUUGUCGUUUUUUUAGGGUCUUUGACUUCCUGAUUACCUUGUCGGUUGGGCUUUUCUUGAAUGUAAAUGUAAAUGCAUAAUAUAUAGACUUUUUUAUGUGUCUAUGAAUCA